AUGUCUCCCUCCUCAUCAGCUAGAGACAGCACGCAAGACUCUGGAGCACGCUCGCCUGUUCACGCGAGUGAGCAUCAAGCCGAACAAGAUACAGCACUGCUAACUGAGGAGAACCUGCGUACUCUUCAAGGUCAGAUCCAGUCAUCUGGAGGCCUGGCGGGCAUCCGCGAUGUACCUUGUCACCAGAUUGAAACGGAGAAGAGGAUUGAGAACUGGCUCGAAGGCAUUGGACCUGAUAACACGGGUGGGAACUCCAAACCAACUUCAAUACAGUUGUUCAAAUUUAUUGGUUGCCAGCAGGUCAAGCACAACCUCCUCAUGCCCGAGUCUUGUUCCGGAUUAUGGUUCAAGCACUGUGUCUACAGAGGCCUCGUCGUUGACAGAUUAAAUUCAACACAAGUCAUACCCAGCAUGGAACUUGAGAAGCCAGCCACCAAACCUAUCCUCUGUGGUCUGCCUGCUCCUUUCCCAUGGCGCCGCAGGAAGUGCCUCUGCCAGUGGAAUCGGUUACAUCUGCUUUUAUUCGGUCUCUUACUUGCAGCAGCUCUGUUCCUCUCGCUGCCUGGUUUCUCGCAUUCCCUUCAAUCUUCUGCUCACAAAGCCUCUUGUCCUACAAAAGAAUUCGGCCUUGCCGUAUCACACUUUCCUACCUACGAUUUUUCAACAAUCACCGUGCCAAUGAGCCGUGUUCCUGACUCCCUCGACACUUUUAUCAAUUACCGCUACCGCAAUCAUACAAAAUGCCAGAUCUCCAGCCUCGACCUCCAUACCCCUUUUCACCCGCUGUGCUCUAGUCGCGCCGACAUGCUGACUGCUAUAUCGGGAGGCGGGAGAAUUGGUAAAGAAGCACCUUUUAUGCCCCGAGGCUGCGACAUGCGAUGGUUUAGCACAGAGGAGAUAUGCGAGAUCUUCGAACGCUUUGAAAAAGUCAUCGUCGUUGGAGACAGCAUGAUGAGACAUGUGGUUGGCGCUAUGAAUGUCCUAUUACGGAAAGACCUUGGCUACGGUGCUGUUACCAAUUGGAACUUCUCACCCAGAGAACGCAAAGAAUGCUUCUGCAACCAGCAAUUUGACGUCAAAGAAUGCUCGCUGCAAGGCAUCUACAAAACUUCCGAUGUCGAAACCAACGAUCCCGACUCCCUCGCCUGUGGCAGUGGCAGGAUCGACCUCGUUAUCGAAAUGAUGCUAAAAUUCCCGCUCGACCCCACCGAAGUUGAACGUUUCAAAGCCCUCCUAUCUCCUGCAAAGCCCCCCAAACCCUAUGCCUUUAUCUUCGGCCACGGCCUCUGGAACGAUCUCGAUCUCCAAGCAACUGUCAACUGGCUCGAUGGCAUCAACGCCCAUACCUUAUCCGUGGCACCAUACCUUGCCGACAAGGGAGCCAUCUGGCCAAGACUCUUUAUCACGCCAAAUGCGGCAGGGCCGCUUAAACCAGAUCAAUGGAUAGUUACGCAGGGAGACAAAGCUUUACAAAUUUUUGAGGAAUCGGUGAGAGAGGAGGCGAGGGAAAGAGGGGUGGAGCAUCUCGGCACCUGGAAUAUGAGUAUCCAGGCCAACAAGUUCGAUGGUGUGCAUCUCGAUCUGAGGGGAAACUUGAUCAAGGCAAUGGCAGCUAUCAAUUGGUUGAGCCUGAUUUGA